AUGGAGGCCAAGCCCUCGGCCCCGCGGCCGCGCUGCCUCGAGCGCCACGUGCAGCCCUGCGUGGCCGAGCUGCUGGGCACUGCCCUCUUCGUCUUCAUCGGCUGCCUGGCCGUGCUGGAGGACGCGGGGGGCACGGGCCGGCUGCAGCCCGCCCUGGCACACGGGCUGGCCCUGGCCGUCACCGUGGCUGUGCUGGGGGACAUCAGCGGAGGCCACCUGAACCCCGCCGUGUCGCUGGCCGUGUGGCUGCUCGGGGGGCUCCACUCCACCAUGCUCAUCCCCUACUGGCUGUGCCAGCUCUGCGGAGGGGUGAUCGGAGCCAGCCUGGCAAAGGCUGUGGCACCCAGCGAGCACUUUGGCAAUGCCAGCGGAGCAGCCUUCGUUGGCAUCACGGCUGGCGAGCAGGUCCCCGCUGUGCUGGGGGCUGAGAUCGUCCUGAGCUCCUUCCUGCUGCUGGUGGUCUGCAUGGGAGCCGUCAACGGCAGGACCAGCACCCCGCUGGCCCCGCUGUGCAUCGGCCUCGCCGUCACCGCCGACAUCCUGGCAGGGGGCGGCGUGUCCGGAGCCUGCAUGAACCCAGCCCGAGCCUUCGGGCCAGCCCUGGUGGCCAACUGCUGGGACUACCACUGGGUGUACUGGCUGGGGCCCAUGCUGGCCGCGCUCCUGGUCGGGGCCCUGCUGAGGCUCCUGAUGGGUGACCAGGCCACCCGCCUGAUCCUGAAGUGACAGCGGGCACAGGGCCCCGUCCCUGGGCAGCGGGUGCAGCCCAGCCCAGCUGCCAUGGAACCCCCUGCCCCUGCUCCUUCCCUUCGUCCUGCCCCCCUGGCAUCUCCCUGGCACCCGUGGGCCAGCCACGCUUCCUGUGCUGCUGGGGGAGGGUGGAAACCUGGCUCUGCCAGCCCUGCCAUGGCACCGGCUCACCGGGAGCACCCUCUGGCAGCACCGGGUCCGUGGUGCCCCCGGCUGCUCUGGCACUGACCCCAGAGCUGUGCCCGGGCACCCCGGGAGCCCUGUGCCCACUGGGUGGGCACCACUGCCCCCACUGACACUGGCCGGGGUGAUGCCAGGCAGCUCCUACCCCAGAGGGUGACAGAAGGGGCCCUGGGGACACCUCCUGUCCCUGCGGGCAGCAGGAGGACACGGGGAGAGGCGCUCAGCUGCCAGGGUGAGCAUCCCUGCCCUGCCAGGGCAGGAGUGCUGCGGGGGGCUGCUGGGCAGAGGGGGCUCUGCCAGAGGCAGGAGAGUCAGCGGGAGGGGAGGAUGGAGCUGUGUGGGCAGGGGGAGAGGAGCCAGCGCAGCAGCUCUGCGUCA